AUGACUAACGCUCUCUUCGCAGCCGCUUACACUCAGGUUCAAGUUCGCCAAAGCUUCGGUCAAACCUUUCCCGUUCCUCCUCCACCCAUCGUCUUCCCAGGCGUUCCUGUUCCUCCACCGCCAUCUUAUGGUGCCUCUCAAACGUCCAUGUCGCCCCCAGCUAAUCAACCCGGACCGCCCAACAAGGGUCGCAUCGAGUGGCCGGACUCUGUUCGCGACUAUGUCCGACGAUCUUUCAUGCCCAGCAACCUAGAUCCUUCAGUUACCAGAGCCGAGAUGGAGACCCAGCUCAAGGCAACCAUCUCCGCCGCCACUGACUCCGGUCACCUGCACACCAUCAAGUGGGAGACCCACCCGCUCCCGCAGGAACUGAUCAGGUCGGCGCGAGCAAAACAAGCCGAGGAGGACCAGAAGAUGCGUGACGCGCCCAGAAGUGGCAAGAAGCGCAAGUCUCUUGACAUGGAGGACCCCAACAAUGAUAGUAGAUCUGCCACCGCAGCACCCUGGCACCGUAACCCUCUGGAGAGCCGCAUCAGCUACGCCACGCCAAACGACGCCUCCAAGCUGCCCGAUGAGCCGUUGGCCAAGAGUAAGUACCAGAAGGCCAGCGAGAAGCGACAGAAACGGCAGGAGCGCUUCAACACUGGCGCAUACAAAUCUCCUCCCCAGAGAUCUCCCACACCUCCGCCCCCAGCCGGUCCGGUCGUUGGCACGUGCGAGACCCUGGAGAAGUCGUACCUGCGACUGACCGCGCCACCAAAACCCGAGACCGUCCGCCCGGAGCGUGUGCUUCGCAAGACGCUGGAGCUGCUCAAGCGGCAGUGGCGGAAGGACAGUAACUACUCUUACAUUUGCGAUCAGUUCAAGUCCAUGCGCCAGGAUCUUACCGUGCAGCGCAUCAAGAACGAUUUCACAGUACGCGUCUACGAGAACCAUGCCCGGAUUGCCAUGGAGAAGGGGGACCUUGGUGAGUAUAAUCAGUGCCAGACCCAGCUGAUGGCCCUGUACAAGCUGGGUCUGAAGGGGAACCCCAACGAGUUCAAGGCCUACCGUAUCUUGUAUUUCAUCCACACCGCCAACCGCCUGGCGCUGAAUGAUGCCUUGGCGGAUCUAACCACAGCAGAGAAAUCGGAGCCUUCGAUCAAACACGCUCUCGAUGUCCGUUCGGCCCUGGCCACGGGCAACUAUCACCGCUUCUUCCAGCUCUACCAGGACCCACCCGUCUUGGGCGGCUACCUGAUGGAUAUGUUUGUCGGCCGUGAGCGACUCGCUGCUCUAUGCAACAUCUGCAAAGCAUACAAGCCUGAAGUUAAACUCCGGUUCGUUACUGAGGAGCUCGGAUUUAUGUCAGACGAGGAUGCAGCGCAGUUCAUUGUGAAUCACAAUGCAGCUCAUCUCCUUGUCUCCAAAGAGCAAGAAGACAACGACCUCUAUUUCCUAGCCGGCAAAGGCCUCGGGUUCUUCGAGGCUGCAAAGGCUGCAGCGUUCGGCCGAGUGGACAUCAAGGGACAAAUUUGA